GGAGGAGGACAAUGGGGGCCGGUGGGGUUUCCCCCCAAGCCCUGCUGUGGCUCAACCUGUUCGGCUUCAUCUCUCUUGGGUCGCCCCUCAACCCGGACGACCCCAACGUGUGCAGCCACUGGGAGAGCUAUGCAGUGACUGUCCAGGAGUCCUACGCUCACCCGUUCGACCAGGUCUACUACACCCGCUGCACCGACAUCCUCAACUGGUUCAAAUGCACCAGACACAGGAUCAGCUAUAAGACGGCCUACAGGAGAGGAGUGAGGACGAUGUACAGGCGGCGCUCUCAGUGCUGUCCGGGCUUCUUUGAAAGUGGAGACCUGUGUUCCUUAUACCAGAUGGAGAUGCAGUUGGUUAGUAUGCUCUCCAUCGUGCUCUGUAUAGAAGGUGGCGAGGACAGCGUUUACCAGGGCAGGGACGAAGCAGGAUGA